AUGUGUCCCACCCCAGGAGCCUUCCCGGACUCAGGAUUCCCCACUGCAGACUGUGGGCGCCCUGAGCCCUCUGCUCGCAUUCUGGGAGGCUCCGACGCACAGCCCCGCUCCUGGCCGUGGCAGGUGAGCCUGCACCAAGGCGGGGGCCACGUUUGCGGGGGCUCCCUCAUCGCCCCCUCCUGGGUCCUCUCUGCUGCUCACUGUUUCGUGACGAACGGGACCCUGGAGCCCGCAGCCGAGUGGUCGGUGCUGCUGGGCAUGCACUCCCAGGACGGGCCCUCGGACAGCGCGCACCUUCGCGCAGUGGCGGCCAUCCUGGUGCCCGAGAACUACAGCAGCGUGGAACUGGGCGCCGACUUGGCCCUGCUGCGCCUGGCCUCACCCGCCAGGCUGGGCCCCGCAGUGCGACCUGUCUGCCUGCCCCGCGCCACGCACCGCUUCGCUCCCGGCACGGCCUGCUGGGCCACGGGCUGGGGGGACGUCCAGGAGGCGGACCCUCUGCCUCCCCCCUGGGUGCUGCAGGAAGUGGAGCUUCGGUUGCUGGGAGAGGCCACCUGUCAGUGUCUCUAUAGCCGACCUGGCCCCUUCAACCUCACUUUCCAGCUACUGCCAGGGAUGCUGUGUGCUGGCUACCCAGAGGGACGCAGGGACACCUGCCAGGGUGACUCUGGAGGACCUCUCGUAUGCGAGGAAGGCGGCCGCUGGUUCCAGGCGGGAAUCACUAGCUUUGGCUUUGGCUGUGGCCGGAGAAACCGCCCUGGCGUCUUCACUGCUGUUGCUCCCUAUGAGACAUGGAUACGGGAUCGGGUGAUGGGCUCAGAGCCUGGGCCUGCCUUUCCCAACCAAACUCAGGAGCCCCAGUUAGGCCCCCGGGAGCCCAGGGAGGAGAACUGCACCAUCGCCCUGCCAGAGUGCGGGAAGGCUCUACAGCCGGGGGCCUGGCCCUGGGCAGUUCAAGUGACGGUUCCAGGAUUCAGACCCUGCCAUGGGUCGCUGGUGUCUGAAAGCUGGCUCUUGGCACCUGCCAGCUGCUUUCUGCAUUCGGGCACUUCGGACAGCGGGCCCAGCGACCUCGACGCCUGGCGGGUGCUGCUGCCCUCGCAGCCGCACGCGGAGAGGGUGGCGCGCCUAGUGCUGCACGAGAACGCUUCGCGGGACGACGCAGCUGACCUAGCGCUGCUCCGGCUGCGUGCGCCGGUGAACCUGAGCGCGGCCCUGCGGCCCGUGUGCCUGGCCCACCCUGAGCACUACUUCCUGCCCGGCAGCCGCUGCCGCCUGGCUCGCUGGGGUCGCGCAGAAACAGCGCCCGGCCCCAGCACGCAGCUGGAAGCCGAACUCUUGAGCAGCUGGUGGUGUCACUGCCUAUAUGGCCGGCAGGGAGCGCCAGUGCCGCUAGCCGGAGACCCGCCGCUGGUGCUCUGCCCCGCCUACCGAGAGGAGGAGGAAGCGGGCCGCUGCUGGAAUAACUCCGGUUGGACCCUGGUGUGCCGGGAAAAGGGGACCUGGUUCCUGGCUGGAAUCAGAGGCUUCUCUGGCAGCUGUCUCCGUCCUCGAGUCUUUGCCCCACUGCAGACCCAUGGCCCGUGGAUCAGCCAUGUGACGCGAGGAGCUUACCUGGAGGACCAGCUAGCCUGGGACUGGGGGCCCGAGGGCGAGAUCACGGAACCACAGACUUGUCCCCCACACACAGAGCAUGGUGCCUGUGGCCUGCGCCCAGAGGCUGCUCCAACUGGAGUGCUAUGGCCCUGGCUGGCAGAGAUACAUGUGGCUGGUGACCGAGUCUGCACUGGGAUCCUAGUGGCCCCAGGCUGGAUCCUGGCAGCCACCCACUGUAUCCUCAGGCCAGGCUCUGCAACAGUGCCUUACAUUGAAGUCUAUUUGGGCAGAGCAGGAGCCAGCUCUGUCCCACAGGGCCACCAGGUGUCCCGGUUGGUCAUCAGUAUACGCCUGCCACGGCACUUGGGACUCAGGCCCCCUCUGGCCCUCCUGGAGUUGAGCUUCCGGGUGGAGCCCUCCCCAUCUGCCCUCCCUAUUUGCCUCCACCCAGGGGGUAUCCCCCCAGGGGCCAGCUGCUGGGUACUUGGCUGGAAAGACCCUCAGGACAGAGUUCCUGUUGCUGCUCCUGUCUCCAUCUUGACACCAAGACUCUGUCACUGCCUGUAUCAGGGCAUUCUGCCUCCUGGGACCCUCUGUGUCCUCUAUGCAGAGGGCCAAGAUGACAGGUGUGAGGUGACCUCAGCACCGCCCCUCUUGUGCCAGACUGAAGGAGGCUCCUGGGUCCUCAUGGGCCUGGCUGUCAGAGGGAGCCAGGAGCUGUUUGCAGCCAUUAGCCCAGAAGAGACCUGGAUCUCUCAGACAGUGGGGGAGGCCCACUUCCUACCCCCUAGUGGCUUACCCUACUGGUUCCCUGAAAGCGGUGACCUGUGCCCCCCAGACCUGGCAGGAGCCUCGGGCUUCCCCGGAGCUGCUGCUCUGUUCCUGCUGUUAUUGACUCCCCUGAUCCAAGGCUGGUGAGCCUGCUUCCAAGAGCCACAUCUUCCCUGCCACCCCUGCUGCUGCCACCGGCAAGACAGGAAUGUGGCUAGACCAGCUGCCUGCAGGCUUGUGGGGCAGCCUACCCACCUGAACUUCCAGUGAUUGGGCCUCAGUGCUGGCUAUCUUGGGCCCAGGAAUCCUUGAGGGUGGGAGGAGGAGCAAACAAUAAAGGUAUGAACACAGA